AUGUGUUCCAUUCCUGGAUUGCCAAUUCCAGGAUCCCAAGUCACAGUUCUCAUUACAAGGGUAAACCUAAAUCCUAUCUGUUCUCUGGUGGAAUUGUGGGGAAACUUUGAUCAACAAAGGCAACAUGCUUACCAGCAAAUGAGAAGGGGAGUUCAGAUUCCCAGACAGAGGUUUUGUGAAUCAGAAGGAAACCCUGGAGACUUGUGUCUAGCUCAUCUGAAUGUAACCUGGCACAGAGCUAGGAUACUUUCUAGACAUGGGCAUCAUUACAAUGUGUUUCUCAUUGAUGAAGGGAGAGCUCAUGUUGCUACAAACAACACCUUAGCAUGGGGUCAGAAUGACUGUUUUCUUUUACCUCCAGAAGUGGAGUUCUGUGUUCUUGCCAAUGUAUCCCCCUUAUCCCAUGAAAACAAAUGGACUCCAACAGCCUCCGAUUUUUUGGAGUCUCUUUGCGGCAAAACGGUCAAUGGAAUGGUUCAGGAUGUAUUGAUGCCAGACAGAACAGUCCUCCUUAAUAUUCCGAUCAUUAACAAACAUAUGUAUGAAGUCGGCUUUGCCAGAAAACUCCCCAGUGACAAGUUCAAACAACUUGUUCUAUCGUCUCUGAACUUUCCAAAGAGUCAGGUCUCCUCCACGGAGACAUUGCCACCUACAGUGUCACACAAACGGACUGAUACUGGGAGAGAAAUUGAGAAGUUUCAACAAUUCUUCUAUCCAGAACUGCUAACAGACUUCAUUGAGACUGUGGAAGUUACAGAGGUGAUAAACCCACACCGUAUCUUCUGCAAACUCUCAAUUUUCUCUCAGGAGCUGAAGAAACUCUCUGAGCAGAUUAAUGAAUACUAUGAAGGAAGAUCUACUUUUUGCAAGGCCAGACAGACUGCCUCAGGUGCUCCAUGUGCAGCAAGAGGGAGCAAUGGCAAGUGGUAUCGAUCUCUGCUACAGCAGGACAUUGGAUCAGAGAGUGCUGUGAAAGUACUACUUGUCGAUAAUGGGAAGACGGACUUUGUCCAUGUGGUUGACAUCAGACCACUGCCUGCCAAGUUCUUCAGAAUGCCAGUUGUAACUUAUGUUUGCUCCCUCCACGGUAUUGAGGACAGAGGCAUUGGAUGGACAGUGGAUGAAAUCAAGUAUCUGAAAUCUGUGCUGCUGCACAAGACUGUCAUUGCCAAAUUUGAAUAUCACAACUUGUCAGAGGGCAUCAACUGUGUGACACUCUAUGGAGACGACAAUGUAAACAUCAACAAUCUUUUUGGAGUGAAAGAAAGAUGUCUUCUGGAGUCAGAGAGGCCUCCACCACGAGUCACAGAGGAAAGCUUUGCCACAGACAUACAAAACAGUGUGCAUCCCCUUACCACUCCACACUUUCCAUCAGCAACAGAGACUGUCCUCAAUGAACAUUGGUUCCAGGUAGGAAUCACCUUGGAAGUCAAAGUAUCUUGCAUUGAAAGUCCGGCAAAAUUCUGGUGCCAGAUGGCACAGGAGAGUACAAGUCUUCAGAUCCUUAUGCAAGAAAUGCAGUAUCAUUAUACUUCCAGUCCUCCACAGCAAAUUGAUGGAGACAUUUGUGUUGCUCUGCAUCAUGACAAUGGUAUGUGGUACAGAGCACGGAUUGUUGAGAAUGAUCAGUCUCCCCAUGUAGAUGUGCGGUUCAUAGAUUACGGACAAACCAGGCGUGUCUCUCUGCAGGACUUGCGCCCCCUGGACCCAGUGUUUCGAAGACUGAAGACCCAGGCCUUUCAGUGUUUCCUGCAGAAUCUGAACAGUCCUACAAGUCCUGCUCCAGCAGAGUGGAGUGAUGCUGCCUCAUCGGAGUUCCAGAAGUUUGUAGAGUCAGCAGUGGAAUCUAAUGUAGGAUUGAAAUGCACCAUACAUGCAGUCAUGCGUGACACCCAAGGCUUGGUGAUUAAUAUGGUAGAUAUUGAAACACCAGUUCAAAGCGCAUGCAAACUUCUGGUUCAGAAAGGAGUAAAGGCCCCAGCACCUCUAAAAUCUCCUCCACUUUCUUCUGCCCCGCCCGACACGGAAAACUUCUCAUUACACAACAUUGAAGUUGGAGGGAAAGAGAAGGUGUGGAUAACUAGUGCAAAAAGUGUUGCUCACUUCUAUGGCCAGCUUGAAAGAAAUUCUCAUGUGAAUGACAAAUUGACAAAAGAUCUUCAACAUUUUUGCCACCAACCACUGCAGAGCACAAACUGUCCUCAAUCACUAGAAAUGGUUUGUUUUGCUAAAUACACUGAUAACCAGUGGUACAGAGGACAGAUUAAAGCAACACAUCCAACCCUUGAGGUUCACUUUGUGGAUUAUGGGGACACAGUCACAUUGAGUCAAUCAGACAUCCUUCCCUGUCCUGUAGAAGCCGUCUCGCUCAUGUCAGUUCCUGUGCAAGCUGUUCCAUUUGGACUCUUUGGUGUUCCAGAAGAUGUAUCCCAAGAGGUCAACCGCUGGUUUGAAAAGCAUGCCACAGACCUGCGCUUUACUAUCAUAGUGGUGGCUAAAGACUCUGGUGGAAAGCUUUUAGUUGAACUGUAUGACGGAACAACACAUAUAAAUGAGAUGGUGAGAGAGAAGCUAAAAGAGGCGAGACCGGGAAAAGAAAUAAUUUUAGUCCAAUCGCCUUCUCUGAGCUCUAAACUAUCAACUACUUCAAGAUGCACAGAUCAAUUUCAGACCAAAUGUAAUUUGCCAGAAUGUGUGCCAAUGCCAACAUCUCAGGAUUGGGCUGCGAGGGGGACGGUAAUAAAGCACAGUAGCACUGCAAUGUGUUUCACAUCUCCGCAAAGAAGAGCUGGACAGUCUACUCCUCAUCAGCAGUCACUGUUGGACAAACCUGAAAAGAAGCCCAUGGUUGAACAUGACGGACAGAUGUGUCGUUUCUCCAAACUCACAGACCUUCCCUCAAGAUCCUUGAAACCAGGGUUGGUAACAGAGGUGUAUGUUUCACACUGUAACAGCCACUCUAGUUUCUUCAUUCAGUUGACAAAGGAUGAAGAUGAUAUAUUCUCUCUUGUGGAGGAACUAAAUGGCUCACAGUCAUCUUGUGAUGCCACUCCAGUUGACUUGAACGAACUGCAGCUCGGUGACUUGGUGAAUGCGGAGUAUCCCGAAGACAGCUCAUGGUAUCGUGCAGUUGUUAGGCGCAAACCUGGGAAUGGUACCGUUCAUGUUGAAUUCAUAGACUUUGGAAAUGAAGCAAUUAUUCCAUCCGUGAAAGUGAAACAACUCGACAAGCAGUUCAUAGAAUAUCCCAGGUUCAGUACUCACUGUGUACUUAGUAGAAUAACUAAUGCUAACAACAAAGAGACAUGGGAGGAAGAUGUCACAUCGAUGAUCAAAAAGGCUACAACAACAGAAAACGCUGAGAAGAAACUGGCAUGCACAUUCAUGAAGGAGACCGGAUCAGUUUGGGAGGUCAGUCUAGAAGAUCAAGGUAUUGUGUUGGCACAUUCGUUAGUUGAAGCUAGUCAAACAGGCAGAGCAGAUGUAUCACAACUGUCUUGUUCAGGUGAAAACACGAUUCCCCUGCUGUACAAGAAGCCAAGCGUUUCCCAAAACCAGGCUUUAGAUGUCUAUGCAUCCUCUAUAGUUGCACCUAACUACUUCUGGUGUCAACAUGCAAACUCUGAGGAACUUUACAGGAUCUCAAGAAUUGUUCAAGAGUUUGUAAACUCUGCCCUGCAGGACCCUGUCCUAAUGGAUACCCUGAACCCCAGAAGUCCUUGUCUGGCUUUCUUUGCUGAAGACAACCAAUGGUAUCGAGCUCAGAUCAUUCACAAAACUAAUGAUCUUUUCACUGUUCUUUUUGUGGACUAUGGAAAUGAGUCCGAAGUUGAUCUCAAGGCGAUAAGGUCAAUUCCACCUCUGCUACUAGAGAGCACCCCUCAGGCCUUCCUGUGUUCUCUGGCUGGAGUUGAGCACCCAGAAGGCGCCUGGGAUAACAACACUGUUGAUGAGUUUUACCAGCUUAUCGUUGACAAACCACUGAAAGUUACAGUUCAGAAAAUGUAUAAUGAUCUGGAAAGUCUCCCCACACAAUACCAGGUCAAAGUGGAGUGUGAGGAGCAUGUUAUCAACGACUUGAUGAGGAGUUACUUGCAUUGCUCUGAUUUGCAUGUCCACAGCAAAACAGAGUGUGCUGACGAGCUCUUCUCCUCUGACAUGACCAUUUCAAAUGAAACCUUGAACCGGAGUCUCCUCAAGUGGAUCCAAUGUUCCUUCCGAGAGUGUCCCCAAACUUGA